AAAUGGUUUUCCGAUUCGCACACAACGACAGCGAAAAGAUUCUCUCUCUCUCUCUCUUCCGGAGCUUUCCAUAUCCUUCUCCCUUCCGCAUCCUUCAUAUCUCUCCCCCUUCUUCCCAUCAUUUUACCAAAUAUUCCUUAAAAAGUGUCCUAAAGCCGCUAAUGCAAUGACGAUCUUACGUUCGUAAAAUUGUUCGUGUCGGCAAUCAUAUCUUAUUCUAUAAAUAAUCGCUUAAUUACCAGAAAUACAAUGCGAGAAUCCUGGAGAAAGGAUCGUUCGCGGAAAAAUGUACACGGAAAUCGAUCGCAAGCAAAACACCGAGGUGACAAAUACCGGCGAGUUCCCGCCUGAAUACUUGAUCAAGCAUCCGUUGCAAAAUACUUGGACUCUAUGGUAUUACGAGCCCGAUAAGAAUAAAACAUGGGAAGAGAGUCAACGGGAGAUAACUAGUUUCGAUACAGCUGAAGAUUUCUGGAGUUUGUACAACCACAUAAAAACAGCCUCCGAGUUGAGACAGGGUUGUGACUAUAGUAUGUUUAAGCAAGGUAUUCGGCCUAUGUGGGAAGACGAUCAAAAUAAAUGUGGUGGACGGUGGUUGAUAAAUCUAGAUAAGAGGCAAAGAACUACUGAUCUAGAUAAUUUUUGGUUAGAAAUUUUGCUCUGUAUGAUUGGGGAAGCAUUCAAUGAAUACUCCGAUGAUGUAUGUGGGGCUGUAGUAAAUGUGAGACCAAAGGGAGACAAACUUGGUAUUUGGACAUCGAAUGCAGAUUCCGCGGAUAGUGUUAUGGAAAUUGGUCGUAAAUUGAAGGAAAGAUUAAGGAUCACAUCUAAAACGACUAUGGGAUAUCAAGUGCAUAAAGAUACUAUGAUCAAAGCUGGCAGUCAAACAAGAAAUACAUAUACACUUUAAAAAUAUUGUUACAUUUAUUAUAUCACCCUUAAAUUGUUCGUUAAAAUAUUAAUUUUCAAAAUUGCUAGAUAAAUUAUCAAUGAUUGUUUAAAAAAUUGCUGGAUAAAAUAACAAUAUAAUUAUAAGUGAAAGUGUCUGCAUUAUAUUGCAAAAAAUUAAACUUUGUUUUGGAUAGCAUGUUAUAUCAUUGUUGUAGCCAUGUUUCCAUCUAACGACAAAAAUUAAGUGAAAAUUAAUAAAUAUACGUUGAAUACAAAUAAAACCGAAGUAAAUUGAAGUAGCUGGAAAGAAAGAGAAAGAUACUAAUAUAAACAUUUAGUUUAUAAAGAGAUAUAGUAUGUGUAAUUUAUAUUUAAUUUAGGAAGAUAUACGCAGAUUGCUGCAUUUCUGUAGCUGAUAACAUAUAUUUGAUUAUGAUAAAAUUAUAUGCUUAAAUGUAACUUAUACAAUCUAUUAUCUUUCAGCAAAUAAAUUCUUAUAAUUUGUGUAAU